GUCGCUGCAAGUUCUUACGAUCCCCUCGGAAACCACCUUCUUUCCGCAGCGAUUUAUGAGUCGCGUUUAUUCUCGACUGCUCAGGAUGGCACAGGAAUCAGCUUCGAAGAAACUCAAGGCAGCUGGUCCUCUGAUCGGCACCCACAAUGGGCAUUUCCACGCAGACGAGGCCCUAGCCGUGUAUCUUCUUCGGAUGCUGCCAACGUAUUCUUCCUCGCCCCUCAUUCGCACCAGAGAUGCAGAGCAGCUGGCCGCCUGCCACACCGUUGUUGAUGUUGGUGGGGAAUACGACCCGGCAAGGAAUCGCUAUGAUCACCAUCAACGCACUUUUCAAAACACCUUUCCAAACCAUCAGACGAGACUAUCGUCUGCUGGCCUAGUAUACUUGCACUUUGGGAAGGCAAUUGUCGCCCAACACAUGUCUAAGCCAAUUGACCACGAAGAUGUUCAGCUUGUCUACGAAAAGUUGUACACCGAUUUCAUUGAGGCCCUGGACGCAAAUGAUAAUGGCAUAUCCGUCUAUGAGCCCCAAGCGCUUGCUGCUUCAGGCUUGCAGAAGCGCUUUCGCGAUGGAGGAAUCAAUAUUGGCUCCCUAAUCGGCGAUAUGAAUCUGCCAGAUCCCAUCGAAAACCUCGACGAGGAUGGCCUCUUCGCCAAGGCAAGCAAAUUCAUCGGAGAGACAUUUGUCAGGAAGCUCCGUGCUGCAUCUGGCUCCUGGUUACCUGCCCGAGAAACUGUGCGAGCCGCUUAUGAAGCCCGGUUUGACGUUCAUCCCUCUGGCAGAAUCAUCUUGCUCCCAAAAGGUGGGGUGCCGUGGAAGGAGCACCUAUAUAACUUGGAGGUAAACGCUCCGGGAGCAUCCACUAUCGCUCCAUCCGACGACCCAAGGCUUGGAAAAGAAGCAUUCUAUGUCCUCUAUCCGGAGUCCACAGAUCCAGGUGCCAAGUGGCGGAUACAGUGUGUCCCCGUUGACGAAUCGAGCUUCGAAUCUAGGAAGCCGCUUCCCGCGCCCUGGCGUGGAGUCCGAGAUUCAGACCUUGACGGUGUCAUAGCUGCUGAAACCAAGAGUAAGAAUCUCGCCCCGAUCCCCGAGGGAGCCAUAUUUACUCAUGCGAGCGGCUUCAUUGGCGGUCACAAGACGAGGGAAGGGGUACUCGCAAUGGCAGUUAGAAGCUUGCAGUACAGCGACUGA